AGAUUACGUCCCUAUCGCAGUGCCAAGAACGCGGCCACCUUCGUAUAGCGGAAGGCUUCGGAGAUUUAGUUGUUGAUUGGCGGUCACGGAGUAGGGACACAUUAUACUCGUUGCUGUUGUUCAUACGCUGAACUCCCUGGGAAGCCUCGUGGCGUGCUGUAUCAGACAUUGGUGCACAUCAUUCGUACGAAAGAAGAAAAGAAGCAUUAAUAGACGAAAAACGAAAAAAAAAAAACAAGAACGAUGAGUGAUGCUGGUAGUGGAAGUGAAAGUUCUAGCUCUGGGGCAAACGAUGGUCGGGUCGAAUCGACCGUACAAAAUGCGAUCAACAAUCGCGCUCAACGGGAAUACCGUGAGGAGAUAGUGAAAGAUAUGGCAAUAGAAAAGAUGAAACAGAAAAUGCAUGACAUCGUCGAUCGAAUGAGUAAAGAUGUGGAGAAAAAAAUGGACCUCGCAGUGGAUGAUCUGUUCGCCGAGGUGAAACAGUUUAAUCUUAAGAACUAUGAACUCAAACAGCUGUUCAACGAAAAGUCCACCGAUGGGCUUGUUAGGGAAGGUCAUCGGAAGAGUGCAAAAUCGGAUGGUAAAUUACCCGAUAAAGUGUUUAUGCCUCGAAACUCCCUGCUGACUGAUCUAUUCGAAGUGAAACACAUCAAAACGAUUUAUCACAUUUUCGUCGUGAUGCUGAUAAUUCUUUUCCUCAACACUGUGGUGCACGAUUUUGUUGACACGGGCAGCAUCAAUUUGGGAUUGCGACCGAUCAUAGCUGGGUUUGGAAAGUUCCACAUUGCGCUGAUGCUGUGGUGUAGUAUGCAAACUUCCACUUUCUUACUCUAUCCAUGCUUCCGAAUGUGGGCUGCAAACCACAACAACUUUACGCCGGGCUCUACUGCUCAAAGACUUUGGGACUGGGCUGCAGUCGUUCUGUUCAUCUCGUAUCAGUGCGGUUUUAUCGUUGCUGCCAUUAAAGCUCACCUAUGGUUUGACCUUCCACCAGCAAGUGGUGUGGCGUAUCUUAUGGAAAUGACACGCUUCCUAAUGAAAGCUCACGCCUUCAUCCGUAGUAACGUCCCGAGAGCAUUGACCAAUGAUAAGAAGCAUGCAGAUUCCAAGCCAAACACACCGGACACCUAUCGCGGUUUACCAACGUUUUCAAAGUAUGUUUACUUCCUGUUUGCACCCACCUUGGUAUACCGAGAUGAUUAUCCACGCACAAAGCAGAUCAGAUGGCGCGUGGUAGCUCGCCAUGCGCUUGAGGUGGUGGGAGUCGUGUUCUACAUCAGCUUCAUCCUGGAAAGGUUUCUGGCACCUUUAUUCGCGAAGUUUGGUCAUGCCAAGAUUAGCUCCGGUAGUUUCGUCCUUUCACUAUUCGGUAGCAUUAUGCCGGGAUCAUUAACAUUCCUGUGUGCCUUCUAUAGUUUGCUGCACGCGUGGAUGAACGGUGCAGCAGAGCUGUUGCGCUUUGCCGAUCGGAUGUUCUAUCGCGACUGGUGGAAUGAGUCUACGUUUGCCGGAUACAUCCGAUCGUGGAACGUGGUGGUGCACGAUUGGCUGUACACCUACGUGUACAAGGAUUGUGUCGAACAUCUGUUCCGUAACUGUAGGCCACUGGCUACCGUGACCGUGUUUACUGUUUCGGCCGUGUUCCAUGAGAUCAUACUGGCGUUUACAUUCCGUUUCUUCUAUCCGGUAAUGUUUGUGCAGUUUGAAUUUCUUGGCUUACUGUUGAUGUUUGUCACGAAGCGGAUGGGCAAAGAUGUGGGAAAUGUGCUGCUUUGGCUGAUGCUUUCCAUUGGCAAUGGGUUACAUCUGAGUCUGUACAACAUGGAGUACUACGCGCGUCGAAACUGUCCCAAUAUCGGAGAUUCGAUCGUUGACUACAUGGUUCCUGUCUCGUGGUCUUGCAACGGCAUAUCGCAUAAUCCCAACUGGACCAUCACGGCACCGUGGAGUCUCCAAUGACGGAACAGGACGAUGCAGAAAAGACUGAAAUAGAUUUAAAUGUACGGUAUAAGUCCUUACUUUGAUAACGGUUGUUGAAAACGCUAUAAUGUGUGAAACGAAAUAAAACGUUCCUCUAUUGUAUAUGAAA